AUGUCACCGCACACCAUCACCCUCAACGAUGGCCGCAAGAUCCCCUUCAUCGGCUUCGGGACAGGCACUGCACUCUAUGGCCGCGACGCUGAGGCCUCCGUCCAACGCGCAAUCGAGGUGGGCGUCGUCCACCUCGACGGCGCGCAGCUCUACGGAAACGAAGACUCGCUCGGCGCCGCGAUCGCUGCGAGCGGCCGACCGCGCGACGCGCUCUGGGUGACCACCAAGUUGGGCAAGGUCCCCGAGGGCACGACCGUGCGCGAGACCCUCGUCGCGUCCCUGAAGAAGCUUCGGCUCGAGUACGUCGACCUCUUCCUCAUCCACAUGCCGAUCCACCAUGCGGACCUCGCCGCCGUCUGGCGCGCGAUGGAGGAAUGCAAGGACGCCGGGCUCGCGCGCACCAUCGGGGUCUCCAACUUCCGCGUUCAAGACUACGAGAAGUUUAUGCCGACCGCGCGAAUCGUCCCCGCGGUGAACCAGAUCGAGUACCACCCGUACACGGCGGCGUGGGCGGCCCCGAUCAUCGAGUACCAGAAGCAGUUCAACAUCGUCACCGCGUCCUACGGCGGCCUGACGCCCAUUGUGCGCAAGCCGGGAGGGCCGAUCGACCCCGUGCUCGAGACGGUGCGGCAGCGCGUCGAGAGGGAUGCCGGGAAGCCUGUUUCUGCCGGCCAGAUUCUCGGUCUUUGGCUCAAGGCACAGAACGUCGUUGAGAUCACGACGAGCUCGAAGGUGGAGCGGAUCAAGGAAUAUCUCGCGACGGAGACCCUGCCGGACCUGACCUCCGAGGAGGUGGCAGAGAUCAUGGAGAAGGGCAAGACAAUCCAUUUCCGUCAAUUUUGCAAAUGGCUGGAUGAAUGA